GUUUCUCUGCGCUGUCACUUUAAACCAUUCUUUCAGUUCCUCGGUGGUCUAAGUGGAGUUCACGAAGAAGAUAGCGGGCCUGUAAUUGCUACGUCACGCCCUUACGCUAGUUGUUUUUUUUUUUGUUUGUUUUUUUUUUUUUCAUAAACGCAGCUCAGCCAUAAAAGCAGACUGUCCUCUUUUCUUUGAACGCACCAGUUGAUAUCCGCUGUGGGGCUGAGAGCGCCUCGUCAAAACGCAGCGUCGGACACGUUGACCGGCGCCGCAGAAAGAGAAGAAGAAGAAACGACGCGUGCCUUCAUAGACCGGCUUAUAUGUCACUCUGAUUCUAUUUUCACCGGAGUAACUCGUCCGUGCCUCCGAGCGGCCGCGCUCCCUCAUGAAGCGGCAGAGGGUCGUUAUAUAAGGCGGAUAGCGGUCCGAGAUGAGAGCGCGUCUCUGACAGCGGAGCGGCAACAAUAGUCUGUCUGGCCGGGCUCGGUUUAAAGGUUAAUUCAGUAACGGUCCCGCUAACACCGGGGAAGCUGCUCCCUCCACUGCGCUGUCCGUUUGGUUAACUGUAAGCUAGGCGGCUAACCUGCCGCAGAGGAGCCGUGUGCGUAGCGGAAUGAUGAGCGGGAUGAACCACCAAGCUGCCGCAGAUGGGUCGGAUUAACUUCAAGAAAAACCCUUCCUGUAAUUUCUAUUUAAAUUUUUAAUCACCGCCUUUGGUUUGAUCCGGCACCGAAGAUUUAUUUUUUUUAUUUUUUUCCAAUGAAAGAGCAAAAAAAAAACAUGGGCCCAUGUCUUAAUUUGGGAAACAAAAAAUUAGGCGCCUAAAGAGGGGAUAAGCUUGUUAGAUAAGCUUGCUCUGGGUGCUUUAUUGAGCCAACAAGCCUGGUGAGCGGUCAGUCUGGACUCCCUCUGCUCCUCUCCCGGUUUUUACCUUCUCUGUCGUCGCAGCGAUGGGCAGCGCCGGGUCGGUGGAAGUCGAGCCCAUGCCGGGGUACUGGGAGCUCAUCACCAGAGGCUCCAGCGCCAUGCUGGGCGCAUGGAGGGACUGUGAUCACUGGGGUCUGGAGUCCUCCAAACGGACCCUCUUGGAUAACGCACACAUCACCUGGACCGAAAUCGCCCUCUUUUUCUUUUGCGCCUUUUUGUGGACGAUAAUCAGGAAGAGACUGACAGAAAGUCUGUUUAAGCCUCUUGCACAGUGGUGCAGGCUGAUGCCCAAAGAUGCUGCCAAGAUGCCAGAGAGUGCGUGGAAGCUGGUCUUCUACACCAUGUCAUGGUUCUACAGCACCUACCUGCUCUUCUUUUCCUCCUACUCCUUCUUCAACAACCCGCCCUCCGUCUUCUACAACUGGAAGAGUGGUAUGACAGUGCCUACAGACAUCGCCAUAGCCUACCUGAUCCAGGGCAGCUUCUACGGCCACUCCAUCUACGCCACCGUCAACAUGGACACAUGGAGGAAGGACUCUGCCGUCAUGGUGGUGCAUCACAUCAUCACCCUGGCUCUCAUCAGCUUCUCCUACGCCUUCAGGUACCACAACGUGGGCAUCCUGGUGUUGUUCCUGCACGACAUCAACGAUGUCCUGCUGGAGUUCACCAAGCUCAACGUCUACCUGAAGGCCAGAGGAGGCGGCUACCACCUGCUCAACGACGUUCUGUCCAACAUGGGCUCCGUCAGCUUCAGCGUCACUUGGUUCUGGUUCCGACUCUAUUGGUUCCCUCUUAAAGUGCUGUACGCCACGUGUGUGUCCAGCGUCAAGUCUGUCCCCAACAUCCCCUUCUACUUCUUCUUCAACACCCUGCUCUUCGCCCUGCUGCUCAUGAAUAUCUACUGGUUCCUGUUUAUUGUGAUGUUCGUGGUGAAGCUGCUGAAGGUGAAGGAGGUGAACGACGUCAGGGAGUACGAAGACGAGGACGCCAGGAAGGCGGCGAAGGAGCGGCGAAAAGACGCAGAAAUCAACGAUGAUGAUGCUGGACAUCACAACUCAACCAAGAGGAAGCACGUACAGAACGGAGUUACCAAGGACAAGCAUCUAUAACAGGCUCUCCGGUGCCCCCUCCUGGCUCUGGACUGCACCUGUAGGCCCUCCUGGACGGCAGACGUUCAAAACGUGACCGGACGGGAAAGAGCAUCACAACCACAAAGCAAAAGAAAGAAACAAGAAGAAGAGAAGGGAAAGUUAGGGUACAAUCAGUUUGUAUUUUGUAUUAGUUUUAGAACAUUUUAUUUUCAGUUUUAUUUUAUUAGAGCACUGUGAAUGUCAUUUCAGCUGACUUCCUGUCUUGCAGUUGUCGGAUUAACAUUUGAUAGAUCUAGUGGAAGUGGACCUUCUUGAGGGGGGGAUGAGGAUAGGCGCCAGUUCAUAUCUGUUCUCAUGUCUACGAAUAACUGUAGGAACCAAGGGAACAAGCAACAGCAGCAUCAGGUUGGGCUUAUUUGUUUAGUCGUUCUCCCCUCUCCACUUCUUUAACUUCCAUCCAUCCGCUCCGACUUAUUGUAUGAGAAGAAAUGAGGGAUUAUCGCUGCUAAUCCUUCAUCUGCUUCCCAGUUUCCUACACUCAUUCAUGUAAACUGAGAGGCAGCGUUUGCAUGUUUUAGGACGCCAAGAUCCCGCAACUUUUAAAGUAACAGGAAUAAUUUAUUUCAUGAGACUUAUGACCCACAUGAACUUUGAAUAUUCCCUUGGAUUAUUCUCCAGAAAGUGCUCCUUUUCCUAUUUUUGAGCCGUUUUGUCUCUCUAUAGGCUAUAUAGCAUCUGUUGCUGCACUGACAUGAAGGCAUACAAGCUCACUGCUGGUUUAAUGACGGCAAACAGCUAGAAUUGAUUGACUAGGUCUUCAUUGCAAUUUGAUUUGCUUAUGGAAGAGAUUUCUAAUAUUGUUAAAUGAUAGUCAAUGUGUUCAGGCGACGGACGGUUGUGGAAAAUCAAAAACACGAUGUAUGCACUCGCGCUACUAUUCAGGAAGGCAUGAAGUCAGAAUGAUUUUUGGAAAUGUGACGUAUGUUUAGCUAUAUCGCCAAUAACUAAAACUGCUCCUAGAAGUGACUGAAAUCCUAACACAUAAGUCAGUAUUUUAACACAUUCUCCCAGCGGCACCUAAACGCGUCUUCUAGACAAAUGUGGUCAAACUUAUACACUGGAGAAAAUAAGUGUUGUCAGUGUUCUCAGUAAAUGUAUUUUUAAUGGUGUUGUUAGCAUGUAAUUCAUAUCAGAUUUCAGUAACAGGCCCACUAAUCCACACUUGGAGGAAUAAACACAUCUUACUAUGCUAAUUAGGUCAUGUGUGAUCAAGUGGAGUGACGCAAGACAAAAAAAAAAAAAAAGAGGUGUAAAAAUGCUGAAACUUGUUAGUGUUUAGAAAAUCUGUUGCUCCAGGUUCAGUCGUAAUUUAUGGCCUCUAAAAAUGUUUCUCAUUUACAAAGUGUUGAAAAGUCUUUGCAGUCUUUUUACUGCAAAUUAUACGGCUGACAUUUGUUUUUAACAAGAGAGAAUAUCUCACCAGAACCUUGAGGAUUUGAACUGAAAGAAUGGAUCGAAGACGCAGUUUCUCCAUACAGGAGACUCUGAAGGCGUCCCACCAAAACAGAUUUUGCUGUUUCCUAUUUAUAAUCUGCGUCAUUCCACGGAUUUGAUUUUAUUGCCUGACAUGUUAUUACCGACAUCUGGGCCGAGUCACCUUAAAAAUAUAUGCGCCGUAAUGACGCUGCUGCGUCCAAUGCUUAUUUUUCCAGCUGUAUAAGAUGCACAUCUAGAAACCAGAAGUAAUUAGAAUUGAAACAUUUUCAAAACUUGAACCGUCAAUUGAAAACCAAAGACUAAGAGGAAUCGUUUUCUGAGGUGCCUGCUGGUUUCAUUGCAUGCCUGUAGAAGAAAAUAAGGAAUGUUUCCACUUUGUCUACCUUCUCGAUCAAAUUCCAGCUCUUGUUUGGAGGAACAGCAUGCUUGUGCUGCUUGAGCAGGCCGCAGAUGUUGAUAAUUCGUCGGCGGGGGACGCGGGCGUCUGUUCUCUUACGUUUCUGUCUUCCAUCGUCCUCAAACCAGUGUUUCAGGAAAAUUGAAGCUUAUCUUGAAAUUUUACUUUAAAUUAUGAUUAUUGUUGCUGUAGUUAAUUUGAUGUUUGUAUUUUUUGUUGUUGUUGUUGUUGAAUUGCUGCUGUUUUUAUCUCUGAGAGCACUGUUUGUAUUCCAGAUGGGGUUUUUUUUGUUGUUGUUUUGUUUUCUGCUGAUGUCGGUGACCGUCAUGUGAUCAGGGGACCAUCGCUCACCUCUUUCUGGACCAACAUCUGGAUUCGGCCUCUGACCCGUUCCUGUUGAUCAUUCUCCUCUUACUGUAGUACAUCUGUGCUGUAAACAACACGGUCCGCCUGUCGCUCACCUUCCCUCUCAGCUCUGAUACUCUAAUCUGGUUCUCACUUAAUGACAGCAGUAAUCCCAGUGUGAGUCACAAACCUUGAAAUCUGUGAUCUGGAUCGUCUCACUACAUCAGAGCGCUGCGACCAGAUGAGCAAACGACAAAACGUUCUCUAGAAGAGGCCACUACCUGUCUAGAUGGUUUCUGUCAUUACUGCAUCUCAGGGUUUGCUGGCUUUUGUGGACAUUUUUCAUCAAUGAGCUUUUUGAAAAUCUUUACCCUAGUUGGAGGUUAUGAGAUGCUGACAUUGGCAGCACCUGGUAAGUAUUUGCAAAAAGCCUUAAAAUAAGUGAAUAAUAAAUUGUAAUCACAUAUUUAUUCAGAUGGAGAGAAAAUCCCAUGUGUAGAAAUAAUUGUACCAGAAACUGUGGAUCUAGAUUUUUUUUUUUUUUUUUCCAGAUCAGUCAGUGAACCACUGCCGUUUAACAACUUUUUAGUGAAAAUCAUCCAUUUUAAAGAUCUCAUGUUGGACGCACUCUUACAGUCCGCUGGGCUUUUUACAAGAGAAAUAGACUCAAAGCAUCACAGACCUUCCACCGUGCUUUACAGUGGAAGUCAGAGGCUGUUUCACAAUUUCACUUUGAUUUAAACCAGACCAAUAUGGAGUUUUUCUGACCAGAUGCAGUUUAGCAAACUGUAAGUUGUCACAUUUAUCCCCCAAAGAAAACUGCAUAAAAAAAUUCAUUUAAUUUAUUUCUAAGAGAAACAGGAGGAUUAAUACGUCAGGCACCAGUGGCUUUGUUCAAAAUAAUUUUAUUUUCCUCACCGAAUAUUUUCAGUGUGAUAUGUAAUAAAAUAUUACAUUAUUUUAAGGCUUUUUUCGCAUCUUUACAAGGGCUGCCAAGAACUGUGGCCUGCACAAUAAAUGAUUUUUUAAAAAUGCAGCCAAGAAUUGAGAUUCCCAUGAUCCGAGACAAAGAAAACAACUAAAAACAAGAUGAGUCACGUGUGCAGCUCACGCUUACAGAUUGAACAUUUUGACGGUCUGAAUUCGACACCUAAUCUCAGACGAAUAAAAGAUAAUCUGAUUAAUUGUAAUGACAAACCAAAUACAUCUUUAUGUCCACAGGAGAUGUGGUGGAUUUUCACAUGUUUCUAAAACAUCAGGAUCGGACGGAAAUGUUCAAAUGCACUCAAACCAAACCACGCUGUGAAUGACGUAGCAUCUGCAGAUCUAAUCUCAGAUCAUAGCAGUGAACGCUGCAUUAAUAUGAUUUAAGAAGUGGCAUUCUUUUGUUUUAAGUUCAGUUCUGCAGGGAUAAGUUGGAAGGGAAAAUCUUUUGUGAAGACGUGACGAGCUGAAAUAAUUUACCAAUGAUGAAAUCAAGGCUCGGUCCAAAUUUGGUCACCAUUAAAUAUGAAAUUUUGCACCGAAACUGUGAUGUUGAGUGUGGAAAUUGAGUCAGCUCCACCGGUGCUUCAAUUGUGCCAAUAAUUGUCCAUUGAAACGGUAAAGGGAAAUAUGGGAGAUUGAAGCUGAGGAGCUGGUUGAACGUCAGGAGGCACAGAAGCCCGGUCGGCAUUUCCUGCACAUUGCACCAUCACUUCUAGUUGUUUUUAUCGCUUAUUAGUAGAUUAAAACAAAGAAAAGGGGAGCAAUUGAGACUUUUUACCAUGACUGAAGGAUCAUCGACUAAAUCAGGCAUUGAAAUGCAUUUUACUGAUUUUUUUUUUUGGACCACUGUAAACUACAAAAAUUAAGAAAUGACUUCCCUCAACU